GAAACCACCCACUCAUCUUUUAAGCCAGGCCACGCCACGCCACACAACCUUUUUUCUCUAUAGGAGAGAGAUCCGGAGGUAAUAAGCUUCCUAGCUAUGGCGAACUCAGAGGCUAGAUCAAGUAGUGAUGCUGCACGACCAUCAAGAAGUGCGUAUCAAGUGUUCCUGAGUUUCAAAGGAUCUGAUACUCGUCAUGGAUUCACAGACUUCCUCUACCACAGCUUGCUAGAUGCGGGAGUCCGUGUAUUUAGGGAUGAAGAAGAACUCCGUGUUGGCGAAGUGAUCGGUGGGAACCUUAUACGUGCUAUCAACAACUCCAUGAUCUACAUACCCAUCUUCUCUCGAACUUAUGCUUCCAGCAAAUGGUGCCUCCGUGAGCUUGCGCACAUAGUAGACAACGUGUCUAAGUCAGAAGGUACAAAAAGUGUCCUUCCUAUUUUUCUCGAUGUGGAACCUGAAGAUGUUAAACUUAAGACUCUACGAUAUAGCAAUGCUUUACGGGAACACGAGAACAAGUUUCCUGAUGAAGUCAAGGCAUGGAGAAAGGCUCUUGCAGAGGUUGAUGAAAUCAAGGGAUGGAAUGUGAAAAAGGACCAAAGCCAAGCAGCAAUUGUCAAAUUGGUUGUUAAAAAGGUUUUGGAGAAACUGGAGCUAAAACAAAAAUCAGUGACUGAACAUUUAGUCGGACUUGAUGAUCGAGUAAAGCACUUGAUAGAGUUAUUAGAUGUCAACUAUCUUGAUGUGCGACUCAUUGGAAUUUAUGGAAUGGGUGGCAUUGGUAAAACAACUGUUGCCAAAGUCAUCUUUAAUAAACUUACUUCCCACUUUGGAAAAUGCUGUAGCUUCCUUGAGGAUGUUCGAGAAAGCAUGUCGACCAAGGACGGAAUAAUCCAAUUGCAGAAAAAAUUACUGUCUAACAUUGUUGAUUUUGAAUCUACAGAAGGAGUCGAGGAUAGUGAACAAGGAAUUUGGAGGAUUGAAGAAAUAUUUUGCACUAAGAAGGUCCUUGUGGUUCUGGAUGAUGUUGAUAAUAAAGAGCACAUUAAGAAACUAAUAGGAGAUAAGUCAUUACAUUCGGGAUCUAGGAUAAUCAUUACAACGAGAAACACUACUAUUAUGCAAGUUGAGGGUUUUAAAGGUAAAAUUAUACCGUAUGAGAUGCUCAAGAUGGAAGAUGCUCUUGCACUUCAGCUUUUUUGUCGGCAUGCCUUUGGCAGAGACUUUCCUCUGGAUGAUUAUCGUGGGCUUUCCAGUGAAAUUGUCCGAAGUACAGGAGGGCUUCCUUUGGCAAUUGAAGUGAUAGGUUCGUUACUUAAACGGAAAGACAGAGCAUUUUGGGAAGAGACGUUGGUCAGGUUAAGGAAUGUACCCGAGGAAGAGAUUCAAAAGAAGUUGAGGAUUAGCUAUGAUGACCUAGACGAAUAUCAACAACAAAUUUUUCUCGAUAUAGCAUGCUUCCUUUUCAAUGAGAAGAAGACGGAUGCAAUUUACAUGUGGGCUGAUUGUCAGUUUUAUCCUGAAAGAGGAAUUGAUGUCCUUAUCAGUAGGUGCUUGAUAAAGAUAUUGAACAAUAACAAGUUCUCGAUCCAUGAUCAACUAAUAGACAUGGGAAGGCAAAUUGUCCGUCAAGAAAGUCCAAGUGACCUUGGAAAGCGGAGCAGGUUGUGGAUUGCAAAAGAGGCCAUCGAAAUCAUUAGAACCGAAAGGAGGAAGGACAAGGUUCAAGCGCUUGAAAUAAAUGUACAGGAUGGUUUCAUAGAGAUUGCAAAUGAAGAGUUUGAAAGGUUACCAAACCUAAGGUUCCUCAACUUAAGCAAUGGAACUUUUGCUGGGAACUUUGCACAGUGUCAUUCAAAGUUGAGAUGGAUUUCUUGGUGUUCUCCUUGUCAAGAUUUUAGGGCGGACAAUAUGUAUUUGGAUCAUCUUCUUGUUUUUAAACUUGAUGGGAAUCGCUUCACCGAUGAUUCAAAAGCAUGGGACUUGAUCAAGCGGAAGAAAUUCCACUAGAUGGACUUCCACAACUGAAGAACGUAACUGUUCUCGGUUGUAAGCUUCAGAGGUUUUCUAUUCCUUUGGAAUUAAGGAAGCUACGGAAAGUGUGGGUGUCAAAAUGUCCAGAGCUAGUUGAGAUACAAGUUGUGG